UUAUGUUCAUGUCUUUUAAAAAGUCCUGUUUUUAAGUAAAAAUCUUUGAACUGGCAAAUAUCAGGGGGAUUUUUUUAAUUUUAAAGGAUAAAUGAUUGAUUUUUUUAAAAUUUUGAUAUUUGGUAAGGGUAAAAUUGUAACGAUGGAAAAUCGAAAGUGAGCGGGUAAUGUUUUGCGGACUUGGGUGGAAUUAAAGCGAGACUCGGCCCCCCAUUUUUUUGAUCGAAUAGGUUUAUUGGGUGCCAUCUUGUUGUUAAUACUGUUAAUAGACAAAGCUUGAUCCAAACUCGCUGCGGAAGAAUUAAGAAAAUUCAAGCUCUUCCGGGAAGAAGACGGAUCCGACGAGAAGUCGCCAAUUGGAUUUUGCCCCCAUUCGCUUAUUUAGAUAUAAUAUGCCUGCAAUAUUCUACCACAAAUUUUCUUAGCUAUGGCUGCUACGAGAAAGUUGCAAGGUGAAAUUGAGAGGUGUCUCAAAAAGGUAACGGAAGGGGUGGAGACUUUCGAAGACAUCUGGCAGAAGGUGCACAAUGCUGCGAACAGCAACCAGAAGGAGAAAUACGAGGCCGAUCUCAAGAAGGAGAUCAAAAAGCUUCAGAGGCUUCGAGAUCAGAUUAAGAGCUGGAUCGCCUCCGGUGAGAUUAAAGACAAGAGCACACUCUUAGACUACAGGAAACUUAUAGAAACACAAAUGGAAAGGUUCAAAAUAGUUGAGCGAGAAACGAAAACCAAAGCUUAUUCGAAAGAAGGGCUGGGAGCCGCUCAAAAAAUGGACCCAGCGCAAAAGGAGCGAGAGGAAAUCAGUACUUGGUUAAUAUCAUCCAUAGACGCUUUAAAUUUACAGCUUGACCAGUUCGAGUCUGAAAUUGAAUCCCUUCUUGCUGGUAAAAAGAAAAGGCUAGACAAAGAUAAGCAAGACAGGAUGGACGAGUUAAAAGGGAUGGUUGAGAAACAUCGGUAUCACAUUAGAAAGCUAGAAACUCUCUUACGAAUGCUCGAUAACAUGUCAGUAGAAGUCGGACAGAUAAGGAGAAUUAAAGAUGAUGUAGAAUAUUAUAUAGAGUCAUCACAAGAACCAGACUUCGAAGGCAAUGAAUAUAUAUAUGAUGAUAUAAUUGGCCUUGAUGAGAUAGAGCUGUCAGGGGUCGGGCCAGCCCCGUCAGUGACAACAGACAGCAACGGCACACCGACGAGUAUUACUUCAUCACCGCCUCCAUCACCUCCACUCUCGACGACACAACAAUCAGUUACUAACAACCAUUCCAGUGAUAGCUCUAACGAGGAAAAACGGAGGAAUGAUCAAAUCCCUCAGAAAGUUGUCGUAAAACCUCUUCCGGUAAGGGCUAGCAACAGUUCGACUUCUGUUCUCAACUGCAGCAAUAGCAGUAGCGGUAAAAAUGCUACAGUGGCUGCCAACAACAAAUCGGCUUCCUUCUCAACACCUAACAACUGCUCGCCCUCAUCGGGGAACCAGCUGCCGCCAAUUCCACCUACGACACAUGCCAGCAACUUUGCCGCCGUUGCAGCUCAACACAACAAACACACAGGGCAUUUAGCAGAGAACGGAGUCACAAACAGCAGUCUGACGCUUUCGGAUCAGCCGAUGUCAUCCACACCGAUCCCGAUGAUGAACAACUCGACAGCGGAGUCCUCAUCAUCACCGCCCUCAUCUGUGAGUAGCGCACCAUCUCCAGCACCAGUCACACCUCCCACGCCACCACCUGCGCCGAGCAUACCGCCAGCAGACACGACACUCUCUACACUAAAGUCCAUUGCCCAACAGGUUAUUGAAAGGGCAGGGCUCGAAAUGACUUCCACAGAUCCUUCACGAACAGGGAACUUUGACAAUAAAUCAAGCAGUACGGGGGAGGCCCAUAUCCCUCCGUUGCUUGGUGUUGCACCUCUUGGUCCUGUACCGCUCCAAAAAGAACAUCAGUGUCAGUUCCAGAUGAUGGAGGCAGCUUACUAUCACAUGCCCCAUCCUGCGGAUAGUGAACGCGUGCGACAGUAUCUACCUCGGCAACCUUGUCCAACACCCGUCUACUACCAUCAGGCCCCCCUGGCACAUUCUGAUACACUGGAGUUUUUCCAAAGAUUAUCAACCGAAACCCUAUUUUUCAUAUUUUACUACAUGGAAGGUAGUAAAGCACAGUACCUGGCAGCGAAAGCGCUCAAAAAGCAGUCUUGGAGGUUUCACACGAAAUACAUGAUGUGGUUCCAACGACACGAAGAGCCCAAGCUCAUUAAUGAAGAGUAUGAACAGGGCACAUAUAUUUAUUUCGAUUAUGAAAAGUGGGGACAAAGGAAAAAGGAGGGUUUCACCUUUGAAUACAAGUACUUAGAGGACCGAGACCUCAACUGAUCUGUCGUGCCACACACACGUCCCAAGUGAUAUAUAUUGUAUAGUUUUUUUUUUAAAUAAUAAUAAUAAUAAUAAUAUAAAGGUCAA